AACAAAAACAAAACAGUUUCCAAUAAUGUCUUUUGCAAAAUUUUAAUGAUAUUAGUAAAUAAAACGUAGGAUCGAAUUACUUAUAAAAAUAUGUGUUUUACCAUUUAGUGAUUGUGUACAGAACAUUUUUUUAUGUUUUAGGGUUCCGUUAUUAAGAUAAUAUUUAGCCAUAAGUCCCGAAACUUGGCAUUGACACGUAUUUAUUGCAAGCCAGAUAAUGUCAAGCUCACUCUUUUAGGUUUUCCAUUUAUACAACUCGAACCCUAAAUGGAGUUGGAGUUGGAAGACGCUUUGUUACGCGAUGAGGAUCAGCUAUCCGAACAGACUUCUAAGAAUGCCAGCCCAGUUCUCAAGAGAAAAAAUGAUAAAUCACGAGAAAAGGGUGAGAUGAUGGGAAAGGAGGAGCGCGACUUCGACGAGUCCAUUGUGUCGUUGAUGCGCAACUACAACAGCAAGCUCAGCGGUGAAGACGAUACAUCGCAGCCCACGUCACGAGCUGCACCUAUUGUCACCUCCGAACCUACCCGCAAGAAAAAGAAGCGAAAGAGAUCCCAGAUAUCGAUAUGCCUCACAAACUGUCGGUACGAGUCCAUCCGAAGGGUCUCCAGCGCCUUCGGCAUGCGAGAAGUGUCCGAAGAAGACGCCUGGAACUUCUACUGGACCGACAUGAGCGUCUCCGUUGAGAGGGCGAAGGAGAUGAAGCGGUUCCAACGUAUCAACCACUUCCCGGGCAUGCUGGAGAUUUGUCGGAAAGAUCUUCUAGCGCGGAAUUUAAACAGAAUGCAAAAGAUAUAUCCGAAGGAGUACAAUUUCUUUCCGAAAACGUGGUGCCUUCCAGCAGAUUUCGGUGAAGCCCUAACUUACAGCAAGUCGCGCAAAAAUAAAACGUUUAUAAUAAAACCUGAGUGCGGCAGCCAGGGUCGUGGAAUUUAUUUGACUAAAUCACUGAAAGACAUUAAACCUACGGACAAACUUAUAUGUCAGGUUUACCUCGCCAAGCCGUACUUAGUCGACGGGUAUAAGUUCGACAUCCGCGUCUACACACUUAUAACUUCGUGCGAUCCUUUAAGGAUAUUUGUUUACAAUGAAGGUCUCGUUAGAUUCGCUACGUCUCGCUACGCGGACCCGAACGUCAACAACACAACCAACGUGUUUAUGCACCUCACCAACUACGCCCUCAACAAGCACAGCCGCACCUACGUGUACGACUCCGAGGCGGGCAGCAAGCGCAAGAUAUCGACUCUCAACAAGAUCCUGCUCUCGCAAGGCGUGGACCUGGACGCACUAUGGCAUUCCAUCGACCAAGUGAUCGUGAAGACCGUCAUCUCCGCCUGGCCCAUCCUCAAGCACAGCUAUCACGCGUGCUUCCCCUCACACGACAUGGUGCACGCUUGCUUCGAAAUUCUCGGCUUCGACAUCCUGUUGGAUCAUAAGCUCCACCCGUAUAUUUUAGAAGUGAACCACUCGCCGAGUUUCCACACAGACACGCAACUCGACCGCGAGGUGAAGGAGGGCCUUCUGACGGACACGUUCACCAUGCUCAACAUCUGGCAGUGCGACAAGCGGCGCGUACUUGAGGAGGACCGCCGCCGCAUCCGCGACCGGUUGCUGCAGACCAACAAGUUUUCGGAAGUCGUUUCCGGCGAAGAAAAAGAGCCAGAGAAAACACCGUGGCAGACGCAGAUACAGUGGGAGGAAACGCAUUUAGGAAACUUUAGACGCGUAUACCCCGUGGGCGAGCAGUACGCGUGCCUGUUCCAGCAGCCGUCCGGCUCGCUGUACACCGGCACGGCGUCCUCCCGCGCCCGCGGCGACUGCACGCGCCUGCAGCGCGAGGAGUUCCAGCAAACAAAAGCGAAAGCAGAAGCUCUCCUCAAAACGAAACCGCUACCAAAGCCAGUCAAGGACCCGGAGAAGAAAGCCCCGGACGAAGCCAGCGUGGCUUCCACUAGCGAGAAAACGGUCAAGUCCAAAAAGGUGGAAGGGGUUCCGAAGAAGAUGGAGACUAGGAAGCUGUCUGGGAAGCCGUCGCCUUCGAUUCUCCCCAUUGUGGAGGAGAAAGAAGUGAAGCCCGCGUACGUGCUGUGCUCGUUCGAACCCGACCCCAUCGUAGAGAAGGAGGAGCGCGAACGCGUCAACCAGCUGGCGCAGAGGGACUUCCUUAUACGGAGCUACGGCAUGCUCGAGCAGAUUUACCUCGUGAUGAAGAAAAUGGGCACGCUGAGGCCCGAAGAUGAGCGCAAAUACGGCGUUUAUGGUCGUCUGUCUAUCGUGUCCAACUCGCCUAAGAAAGUGUAAAUGCAUAUCGGUGGAACAAAGAAAAAAUUACAAAAAAUAGUAGAUGUAAGGACUUACGCCCGAACUUGGAACCAGUUUACAUUUUGUACACAGCCCGCCAUUCUCGACACUGGCAAACAGAAACACGAGCCGGGCGGCUGCGGGGACCAUUCUGAUGAA